GUGAGGGGUACUGGAUUUUUGCAUAUAAGAGACAUCAACCAUUAGUAUCAAUGAUACAGUAACAAGUGAUAUACCUGCUGGUUAGCAUGAAUGAGGGUUUGACCUACAUCACAAGCUCAGUGCACAUCACCAACACUGAGUGUGAGCCUGUUGUUGAAGAUGGCAUGCCCAAGAAGACGUGGCUCACAGCUGAUGCAUCCUGCAAUGAAGGAAGAGGAUUCGGUGGAAUCAAAAGAAUGGAGGUGCGCUGGGGUAACAUGGGUUCCACAGAUGGAGCCAAAUUAGAGAAACCAAAGAAUGAUGUAGUGAAAAUGUCUGAACAGGAAUAUGAACACAAACCCAGGAAGCCUGGUGGGCGCAGACCUGCCCACCACAGAAAGUGGUACAGUCCUAUUCAGAAUACUUGACCUUCAAAUAUGAACCCAGCAGUUCAGCUCCUGCGUCUCAACCAGAGGAAUCAAUCCCUGGAGGAAUAUGUGGAGGACUUCUGCGCUCUGGCCAGUGAGGUUGGUUUUAAUGAGAUCGCCCUCAAAGACUUUUUCCGUGCAGGCUUGAGUGAGCCGGUCUCCUCCAUGUUGCCUGGCUGUUGGAUUACCCUCAGUCUUGCUCAAUACAUGGAUUUAGCCCUGCAACUGAGCGGUACAUCUUUCACUGUAGGAGUGGCUGAUGAGGAACUAUGCACUCCUACAGUGACUUCCAUGUCAGAGCCAUCACCCGUCAUGGCCACCAAGCCAGGGUUCCACGUCAUGGUCGCCAAGCCAGGUUCCCAUGUCAUGGUCGCCGAGCCAGGGUCCCACGUCAUGUUCGCCGAGCCAGGGUCCCACGUCAUGGUCCCAUGCCUGCCACGGCCAACGAGCCAACGCACACGCCUUCCACGGCCAACGAGCCAACGGCCACACCUGCCACGGCCAACGAACCAGCGUUGCAAGCCUCGUCUGUCCCAGAGCUAGCUCUCACUGAGCUAGUAGACCUGGAGUUGGUUCCCGCCCUUGUGCCCACCCUGAGUAUUCCUCCUCCUGAUCAGCCGGUUCUCGCCAAGUCACCGGCUCGAUCAUCACCUCCUGUGACAUCCCAGACAAGGGGAACUUCCGACCCUGGCUGCCACCUCUGUACCCCCUGGGUCUCUGCCUCCAUGUCCUGCCUCUCCAGGCCACGUUCCACAUCCUGCCUCGCCAGACCCGCCACCGGCUCCUCCCUGGUUUCCUGAGCCACGCCGGUCUCCAGAUCCUCCGCCGGUCCCACCAUGGUCUCCAGCCCGUCUGGUCCCCUGUGUUUUCCAAGAUUCCCCUCCCCGUCCAGCACCCUGAUGGAACUUAUUAUGUUCUGGGGCGUCGGAAGCCACCCCUAGUGGGGGGAAUAUGACACGUUUACAUGUGUUUUUGUUCAUGUUUUGUGUUCAUGUCUUUUAUUUUGGAAGUUUAGUUCCUGUUUUUUUGUCAUGUGAUUUCCUGUUCCCUCAUGUGAUCUUAUCAUGUGUUUCCCCUGUUCAUGUUACCCUUGUCCAUGUAUUUAAGCCCUCAUGUUUGCCAUUGUCUCUUGUCAAGUAUUGUUUUAAUGUAACGCUGUUUGGUGGUCAAGUCAAGUUCAUGUUUGUUUAUGUUUUGUUUUUGUUCACGUUUGGAUAUAUCACUCAUCUUCUCUCUGCCUGUCAUUGCCAGCGAAUGUUACACUUAGGGGAAAAGUGCAAUGGAUAAUUCAUCUGAUUUUGAUACUUAUUAUAAAUGUAUCAGUUAAAAAGUAUAGGUGAGGGAGAAAUACAGGCAAAUGUAACAUUUUAAAACUCAUAGAUAGUAGGAAUAAGUAAAUCAAGACAUUAAAAAGGGUUAAAUCUAUUUCAAUCUAUUUUUUUAAAACAAUAUCUUUUUUUUUUUUUUUUGUAUUUUAUUAAUUUUUUGUCAUUAAAAUCCUCCAUAAACAUAAACAUAGAAUCACCCAUAAAUGUUAGCUGGUGAUAUUUGACUGGAUCGUGAGCAAGUAGAGGACAGACACUGGAGGCACUGCAUUAAUAAUAAUAAUAAUGAAGACGAAGAUAGCCUGUGAUCUAACUAUUGCAGUCGGAAGUUAAUGAAUGGUCAGAGCCAAUUAGUCUACAUGCUAACUGCAAUACAUGACAGAAUUUAACUUGGUUGUGUUUUGAAUCUGAGGUAUAUCCUGUCAGAUUUUGUUUAAUGACAAAAUCUGUGCAUCAAGACAAAAUCUGUGCACCAAGACAUAAUUCAGUGCAUCUGUUCUAACUGUAUUUGCUUGACAAGAAAAUAAAAAAAAUUCUGUAACAGAUCACCUGAUUUGGUUAAAAAUGCAGAGUUGUUCUACAUUUGAACAUAUUCUGUUUUCCUAUUAAGGAGGCAGUGUCCCUGUUUUUCAUGUUUUUUUCUUAUACUGUAUAUAAUAAUAGCUUCAU